CUGCAACAAGUACAAGUAAAGGCAAGUCGGUAAGUCCAAGCUGUGGUGGCUACCCCUUGAGCAUCUUCUUCAUCGUCAUCAAUGAGUUCUGCGAGCGGUUCUCCUACUAUGGCAUGCGAGCGGUGCUCGUUUUGUAUUUCAAAUAUUUCCUGCGGUGGGAUGAAAACUUUUCUACAGCCAUCUACCACGCAUUUGUUGCUCUGUGCUACUUCACACCAAUCCUUGGAGCGCUCAUUGCGGACUCCUGGCUGGGAAAGUUUAUGACCAUUGCCUCCCUGUCCGUUGUCUAUACGAUCGGGCAGGCAGUCAUGGCUGUGAGCUCCAUAAAUGAUCUGACAGAUCACAACCGGGAUGGUUCUCCUGAUUCUUUCCAGUUACACAUUGGUCUGUCCAUGCUUGGCUUGGUCCUCAUUGCACUUGGUACUGGUGGAAUCAAACCCUGUGUGUCUUCAUUUGGUGGAGAUCAGUUUGAAGAGCAUCAGGAAAAACAAAGAACUGCAUUUUUCUCUAUCUUUUACAUAUCCAUUAAUGCUGGAAGUCUCAUAUCCACAAUCAUCACCCCAAUUCUCAGAGCUCAGAUGUGUGGAAUUCAUACCACACAGCGAUGUUACCCAUUAGCUUUUGGAGUUCCUGCUGUCCUCAUGGCUGUUUCCUUGAUUGUGUUCGUGGCGGGAAGCACAAUGUACAAGAAAGUCAAACCUCAAGGAAAUAUAAUGAUUCAAGUUUUCAGAUGCAUUGGAUUUGCCAUCAAAAACAAGAUACGCCACCGCAGCAAAAGGUUCCCCAAGAGAGACCACUGGCUAGACUGGGCGAGUGAGAAGUAUGAUAAACGACUGAUUGCUCAGACUAAGCUGGUGUUGAAAGUGCUUUUCCUUUACAUCCCUCUCCCCAUGUUCUGGGCGCUUUUUGACCAGCAGGGGUCAAGAUGGACUCUGCAAGCCACAACAAUGGAUGGAGACUUUGGAGCUAUUCAAAUUCAGCCAGACCAAAUGCAGACUGUGAAUCCAAUCCUGAUUAUUAUAAUGGUCCCAGUUGUAGAUACUGUGGUUUAUCCUUUAAUCAAGAAAUGCAAGAUCAAUUUUACGCCCCUGAGGAAGAUGACUGUUGGUAUGUUCCUUGCAGCUUUGGCUUUUGUUGCUGCCGCCCUUGUGCAAGUGCAGAUAGAUAAAACUCUUCCAGUUUUCCCUGCAGCUGAGCAAUCCCAAGUCAAAAUAACAAAUCUAGGUACUGAUAAUGCAACAAUUAAUUUUCUACCUCAACUUCAGACUGAGAAUGUAAUGCCUAUGACAUCAACAGACUACAUAACACUUGAGGCUUCUCAGUUGCAAUCAUUAAACAUAACUUAUGGAAAUAUGAAUAAGGUUGAAGCAAUCGAGUUGUUAAAAGAAAGCCGUCACACUCUUGCAAUUAAAAGUGAUGCAACAGGCAUUGUUACUAGAGUGCUGUUUGACAAUGUCACAUCAAAACCAGAAGAAGGAAGAAAUCUCAUCAGGUUCUUAAACAAUCUACCUUCUGCUAUCAACAUCAGUAUGGACGGCAAUUAUCUUGGAGUAGUGAUGCCUCUUUUUGCCACUAACUACAGCCUCCUGGAAGGAGGAAGAACAUUUUUUGUUACGGCUACUGUAAAUUCACUCCCUUGUACAUUUAUUUCAAAGAGAUUUGGAUUUGGCAGUGCCUAUACCAUUAUAAUUAACGAGUGUUCUGCAUCCAAUCUUGAUGUAGCAUAUUCUGAAGAUGUUGCACCCAAUACAGUCCAUAUGGCUUGGCAGAUCCCUCAGUAUUUUAUUCUUACAUGUGCAGAAGUAGUCUUCUCUGUCACUGGGCUGGAGUUUUCAUAUUCACAGGCUCCAUCUAACAUGAAGGCAGUGCUGCAGGCAGGAUGGCUGCUGACAGUGGCUGUCGGUAACAUAAUUGUCCUUAUUGUGGCUGGAGCAUCCAAACUCAGUGAGCAGUGGGCAGAGUAUGUGCUGUUCGCUGCCUUGCUGGUGGCAGUCUGCAUCAUUUUUGCUAUCAUGGCUUAUUUUUAUACCUAUGUUGAUCCAAAUGAGAUUGAAGCCCAGUUUGAUGAGGAGGAAAAGCAAGAAGCCAAAAAGGAUCAAAAUAUCUAUGAAAACCAAAGUGAAGCUGUCUCUAAGAUGUAA